ACACUAAUUCUCAAAAAAAAACAAUCACACUAAACACUAAACCCUAAACACCACAGAGGGCGCGUGUGGUGGUAUAACUAUCAGAUCUACUACCAUGCACAAGUUUCCAUUUUCCAUACAUUUCCUCGAUUCAGACACUACUUGUAAUUUUGGUUGACGAGUUUAAGCCUGGAUCUUGGCCGGACAGCUGCCAUGGGGGAGAGCUCCGGUGGUGUUCAAAUCCAGGGUACUCCGCAAAUAAUCAAACAAGAAGUACCGGGACCGCUGUCUACGCUUGAAAUCUGGGAACAUAUUGGCAACCAUCGAAGCUAUGACACUACAAGGCCACCGCCAAAUAAACCUCCGAAUGGAUCAAUUAUUGUUUACGACAAGAGCGUGGUGGAUUUCUUUAGACAAGAUGGCUAUGAAUGGAAGACGGAAAAACAUAACCCACGAAAGCACAAAGAUAUUGAAAUACAGGGUUACUAUGCCUGUGGAAUACCAAAUGAAAAUUUUCAACGACGACUUUAUUGGACGAAGGAUGGGAAGGGUCCGAACUCGAACAUAGUUGUGGUCCAUUACCUGGAACUGGAAGAACAGCCAUCUCAGCGAAGGAGAAGCACAACCACGAAAGCAACAAUCAAGUAUGGGAAGGGACAUGGUCAUGAUAAGAAGAGGAAGAAAGUAACCGAGUAUGAAACUGGAUCCAGUUCAUGGACGAAUAGCAAUCACCUAGCUAAUUAUGGAAUUGCAAGUCGGGCUCAUCAUCAUCGGCUGGUUGAUCAUCACACACCUUUACCACCAGCCACUUACGAGGAAGAUGCAAUCUGGGAUGAACUUGAUCGCCAACAAAGAGAUGAAUUAGGAACUGAACCCGAUCCUGGUAUCCCACAAAGUAAUGAUAUUGGACCUAGCUGUUCUGGAACGCUCAAUCACCAAGCUAAUACCGGAAGUGGAAUCACAUCAGUACAAGACGAUCAGCAGUUUGAUCAAGCAAGUUUUGAUGAUUCUGGAACAACAGGAGUGGACUACCAGCAGCAAAACUUGUAUAAUGAAGACACUGGACCCAGAUCUUGGAUCAAUCACCAAGCUAAUACUGAAAGUUCCAUUUUAUCAGCUGAUCAUGAACAGUUAUCAGACUCGCAUUUUGGUGAUAAUCAUGAAGAACAGGAUUCCAUGAUACAGUAUGCUGAUUUGAGCUCUUUGCUAGGAGAUACGGGUGCGCCUAUUGAUGCCCCGACUGAAAUCAUUUUACCCCCUAUGCCGGAGUCUCCUGCUGGCUCAAACGUUGUCAUCUGUAGCAUUGAUGAUUUCGCACCAGAUUGGGGAUACGCAUACACCAGUACCAAGGUUCUGAUCACUGGAAGCUUCAUCAAUAGCGAUCAGCAGCAUGGAGAAAGUUGUCAAUGGUAUUGUGUAUUUGGGGAAGAUGAAGUUCGUGCCGAAUAUCGGUCUAUGUCAAAUCUUCGUUGUUAUACACCCCUAAAGAAGGCUGGGAGGGUUGAAUUCUAUGUCAAAACUUCCCAUGGGUCAGUGCGUAGUGAUGUUAUGUUAUUUGAGUUCCGAGACCGCCAAAACCAAGAGAUAGAUUACAGUGGUAGUUACGGUAACAUUGAAGUGUCUCAGACGGGUUUCUCUAAGCCACUGCCUACAAGCAUUACUCCUCUGACAAUUGACCCUUCACAUGAACAAAGAAUGUCUGAGGUUGAUCAAGUUCCUGAUCUACUUGAAUUGCUGUGCGAAGCGCCACCUGAUGAUAAGGAUUGUCAUCAUAUAGACGCAAUGCAGGCCCCUAAAAAAUACGGAAGCAAUAAAUCUCGAAGGUGGUACAAGCGCAGUGUGUACAAGGGAGUCAGUGAUUUUCUUUCAAAAUUGAGAAUAAAAGUAGGAUUGUUGCCUUCGAUUCUGAAAGCAGGUUGUGAAGGUCUUUCCUAGUUGUGAGGCGGUUUCACAUAACGUUCUCCGAUUGUCAGGGUUUGGCUCAGACUAUAAAUGAGCUAGCUGUUCCAACUUGUGGGAGCUGAGAGUGAGCAUACCUCCUGGGCGCUCAACAAGCUAGACUUGUUUGGGAAAAGACAAUUUCAUUUGCUGGCUGCUUGCUGAGUCUUUUGAUCUUUGCUUUCGUUUUCAUUGGCUUCAAGGAUUUGUUUUAAUAAACUCUCUGGAUUUAGAAGUUUUGAUUUGGAAGAUACUUUGAGGUUUGUAAUUCCAGGAUAAUUGAGCCAUGUGGUUUUCAAUCUUUGAAAUGCUGCUUGUGCGCGUUUUUCACUUUCUGAAAUUGUUGGACUGCCAUAAAUCAUAUAUAUUCAUUGAUAUACAAGUAUUACAGCUACAUUU